UGCUUGUUUAGUUUCACUUCCGUGUUUCCCAUCUUCACAUGAUGAAGAAGUAACACUGGACGUAAUCCGUAUAACGAUUUUACAGCGCAAAUCGUUCCAAUCAAAGUUUAUUUAAUAGCGGACUUUAACGAACUUUUUUUUAAUAGUACGUGCUCGAAAUUGCAUACCGGGUUUGAAGUCUGUUGCAUUUCCAUGAUAACAGGGGAUACAGUGUCCCUAUUAGAUAGGUUAGCUUGCUAGCUUCUUCAACCUACACUCUUCCUUGGCUACAUUGUGAAUGAGUAGUUAGCCGGCCACACAUUCAUUCCUGUCAGAUAAGAAUGAAGGUGUGCACAUCCCUCCCACGCACAGCUAUGCCUGUGUCUGUAUUCGUUCUGGCUGUCCAGCUGGUGCUUUUGGCCUAUGGGGGCCAGGCCAGUGACAACGUCAAGAGGUGUAAGCUGUUCUCUGAGUCCACCACAGAAGUGAAAGCCCUCAGUCUUUUAGAACCGCUCACUAACAAGAGUUUUUCAGUGGAUGUAAAAAAUGACAAAGAGAGCUACACGUAUCGUUUCCAAGUGUGUGGGGAAGCUGGUAAAACCGCAGGAGCUGGGCUCGUUCAGAUCGACCAGAGCGCGAAAGAAGUUGAGACUGUGAUUGGGUUGUACACUGUAACACAGGCUAUUGGAGGAAGUGACUGGGUGAUGCUGAUCUACAGGAACGGGACCAAGUAUGAUGGCCACUGUUCCAAGGAGAUGAGGAAGGCCAUCGUCAUGAUCUCCUGCAACAGAAAAGUUGACAUGGGUGAGCUGAGGGUGGUGCUGGAGGACAGAGACAAGGAGAGGGACUGUUUCUAUCUGUUUGAGCUGGACUCCAGUGCAGUCUGUCCUGCUCUGCCUUCCCAGCUCAGUGCAGGCUCCAUAAUACUCAUCAUUGGGUUUGUCGUCUUGUCAGUGUAUCUCAUCGCUGGAUUCCUCUACCAGAGGUUGGUUGUUGGGGCCAAAGGCGUAGAGCAGUUCCCCAACUAUGUCUUCUGGACACAGGUUGGCAACCUGGCAGCGGACGGAUGUAAUUUUGUGUGUCGGACCCGGGGCCCCGAAGAGGAACCACCCACAUACAGUGGCGUGUCCACAGAGCCGGAGGAGGAGCCAGAAGAACGUGACGACCACUUGCUUCCCAUGUGAACUGAUGUCACUAAGGGGAGGGGUUAUCCCAUGUGGGAUUCUAUUGGCACUUUGGUUACAUAUUGCCCUUAGAAACAGAUCUAGGAUCAUCACUUAAUCUUUCCAAAUCUUUCAAAAACCCUAACUGUUUUGGGAGAACCAUGAAAUAUCCAAUCAUUCAGUGUCUAGGGGCAAUUUUAUCCUACUUGCUUUUGACCGAUUCAGGGACCACUUUAGAGUUGGGCACACACACAAGCCUAAUGCAGAAGGCUUCGAAAUCCGCAAUAUCUCGGAUUCCCAAGCAAAUGUGUCAUUAUAUUACUAAUCUAAUUAUAUUAAUAAAGGCAAUAAAAGAUUGUAUGCAGGUUUUUAUUGCCACCCGUAAAUAAAUACUUUUUAGAGGUGGCAACCAAAACCUGGACACACUGUUUUGCCUUUCAACAACUCAAGUGCCCACGUCUGGAUGGAGUUAUAUCUAAAAAAACAUGGAAACCUCUCUCUCAUCUGGUUCACCUGGCACAAUAGAAGAGGAAGGUACAGACAGGCUUCCUAGAUGACUGAAAUAAUGUUAGUGCUGACACAAUGCAACCAUAAGAACAGUUUGACAUGACUCUGUUCCGGUCAGAAAUGGAUGGCUGUGUUCUGACUCAUAGGUCGUACUUUAAAUGAAGGUCUGCUUAUACACUGCACAGAAACAUAGUGAUAUGUAACAUUACAGUAGGAAACACAUACAGGCUGGUUGUUCAAGCUGUAUAUACUGACUGGUCCUUGUAAUAAAUGGUUUAUCCCAUUAAUACGGUUGUGUGUAUAUAUAUAUACACAUAUAUAUAUAUAUAUAUAAUAAAUAUGGAAUAAAUGAAGACUAAGAGAAUAAAUAACAGACCUUUAAGUAAAGUUGUACAUCCAUACACAUACAGCACACAGCCAUUUAAACAGACGCACAGCUAGAUACAAACAUUUACUCUGGGUUGCUUUGUAGAUUAGAGUGAUGUCACUGGACCUUGACGAAAAUGUACUUAUGACCUGUUACACCGUUUCUUUGGCAAUGUUUUAAGGGUUGGGUUGGGACCAAUUGCAUUUCAAUUCAGUAUGUUCCACUUUCAAUUCCUAUUUCAGUUCACUGAAAUGAAAUGGCAUUGACACCAGCCCCAAUACUGAGUGGUAGCCUACUGUUUAUGAUACCGAGUACAUCGAUGAUGAUUUUGUAAUAUAAUGCUGGUUUGAACUGGUCUUUAGUUUGUUACAGCAGGCACCUGGAAUUCCAACAGUAAAAUGGAGGAAUUCAAGUCAUUUAUAUAAUCAUCCAUACAGAAAUACAAAUUUAUGAUGUGCUAUUUGUGAAGUGUGGGUGAAUAUGUUUUAGUUUUUAUUUAUUUUUUUAGUCUUUGCGGUAUACUUAAAAUAUUUGUUACCAUGGAUCUCGACAGCAAGACUGCAGUAGUACCAACGCAUCUUGCAUACAGACACACAACCACAUAGUAAAACGCACUCCAUAGACUUCAGUCAGGUCAAGAAACCGGGUCUGUGUCAAACUAAGUUCCCUGGAUUUGUUCAGGCUUCUGUUGGAAUUAGGUGUUUGUUCCUCAAAAAGAGGGAAGAGUAAAAGAUAAUUUAUCUUUUUUGCUUUUACAUUAAAAAUAAAUUCCAAUCCAAUAAAUGUUUUGUUGCA